UCAUUCCUGGUAACAAUGCGAGCUGUGCUGUUAGCGGCUGGUUAUGGGACAAGAUUGGACCGCGAUUUACGGAAUGAUGAAAGUGGCCUCUACACUCAUCUUAUUGGUGUCCCAAAGCCUCUGCUCCCAAUUGGCCAGCACCCACUCCUUAGUCACUGGAUCCACAUCUUCAAGCAGUGCAGUGCAAUAUCAACCAUCGUGGUGGUGGUAAAUGAAUUGCAUAAAGAAUUAUAUGAAAAAUGGGCUGCCUCAUUAGAUAUGAAAGUGAGUAUUGUCAGUGAUGGCUCUAUUUGCAAUGACCAGAGAUCAGGGGCUGUUGCAUGCAUGCAGCUUGGUUUGCAGGAGAAGAAAGAAGAUACGCUGUUCAUUGCAGGGGAUACCUUGUUUAAGAAAGAUUUUUCUUUUGGUGCCGUAAUAUCGGAAUUCUGUAAUCUUCAAACAACAAAUAAAGGGGCCUGCCUAAUACUGAGUGCACCAGUUGCUGAAGAAAAUGUAUCUAAACAUGGGAUAAUAGAAGUGUCCGACUCAGAAAGAGUGACUAAAUUCGUUGAAAAACCACAACCAUCGGAAACUACCUCAAGGCUCCAGUGUCCAUGUUUUUACAUUAUUUCAAGAGAAAGUUUGCAACAUCUGGAGGAUUUCUUAGAAGAAAUGAAAGACAAGCCCCUGAAGACACGUGAUGCAACAGGAACUUUCAUAUCUGAACUUAUAGAUCGAGCUCCUGUCUACGCCCAUCAUGUCAGUCAUCGAUAUGAUGUUGGUAAUCUUCAGUCUUACCUUCAGUGCCAUGAAGACUUUCUGUAAGAAAUAUAUAAGAGUAAUUCAAGAGAUUAAUUUAUGGAGUUUGUUAAAGUUAUAAUGAUCAGUAUAAUGUAAAAAAUAUUGAAAGAAAAAGGAAAAAAUCAAGUUGACAUAACUUUUUAGUAGGAAAAAGAUUGAACUGUAAAGCUCAAAGUGAUAGCAGGGAUGUGCAUUUAUUUUGAUUCUGUCUUUUUUAAUAAACACUUUCUUAUUUACCUCUGUCAUUUUCUUUUAAUACUCUCUUGUUUUAUAUUGUGAAAUUGACAUGAGAAACUUGGAAACAUGUUUUCUCUGUCAAAGGGCCAGAGAAAAUUGACUCAAGGUCUAGAGUUGGCUGCUAAUUCAAUAACAGUAUGUGAAGGUUUUAUUAUGUAUUAUUGUCUUUAUUUCCUUUUGUUUUGUAUGAUAAGUCAUUGCUAAGCAGCAACUAUUCAGUAUUAGUCAUGGAGUAUACUUCUGCAUAUAUGGUAUGAAUUAAUAACUACUUAGUUGGUAUAGUAGAGUAUUUAUUUAUUUAUUUAUAAACUUCCAAAGUACAUUUAUUUCCUGAAGGUAGAGUUUAUUUUUUGAAGGUGAGUGUUGGUACUUCAGGUGCUUGCUGGGGUUUUAUGAUAUUGAUUUUUGAACGGAAAAUAAUGUCUGAUAUUUCAGGCAAUGAAGUGGCUUUUGUUAUGGUAAACAUUGCUUAAAAUGUUGUGCUAAAUCAAUUUGGCCAGUUUUGUCAAUUAAAGAUGCAUUUUUCAAUGUAACCAUAUGAUUUGGCAUUAACUCUGAAUUUUGGAAAAUAUACAAACACAAAAAUUCCAUAACAAGUGCAAUGGUAUGUUAGGUUAGGUUGUUAGCAGAUGAUAUGUACAGAGGAGGAAGCAGUUAUUUAUAUUGCAGCAUUAGUUGUGUCAUAGAUUUAAAAAUUGCAGUAAUGCUACAUAUACUAUAAUUGUAGUCACUGCCUAUGAAGAAAUAAAGAUAUUUUUUUCUUGC